AGCCCAGUCAUUGCCAUCCACAGUGUAUUAUACAACCCCCGACACACCGUGUCUACCAGGUGAUGAUGAUAAUUGCAGCAGUAAAAGAGGUGGUUGCAUUUCAGUUCGAAAGAGCCAACGUAAUAUCUCCAAGAUUGGUGGUGUAACUGACAAAAUAGCAAAAACCACCCUGGAUGCUCAGCCUGCUGAUAAGCAGCAUGGGGAGUGGGAGAGGAUCCCUAAUACAGUGGUGAAUUCUGAUGCAAGAGUCCAGAAGGCGAAAAGGAGGCUGAAGCUGAGCUCUGAAGCAGGUUUCGCAGCAGACUUGGUGAAAAGGAAACGAUUAAGAGCAAAUGACUGUAUGGAAGAAGGAAAUGAUGGAGACUUAUUAGCUACAACUUCAAAAAGUAGCAUAUCACAGGGGUUAAACUCAUCGGAAAGUGAGGUUGAUCCAUCAAACAUUAUCAAAGACAUGGAGAACUCUCUAAAUCCUUCUGAAACAAAUACGCUUGUUUCAAAGGGUUUAAAAAGGAAGGGGGGACCAAGAAAAAGUUUUGCCAAACGAAACAAAGUAGUGCUGCACAUGGAUACAGUAAAUCCCUCUGGUGCCAUAAUUGUUUCUUUAUUAAGGCAAGGCAAUGGUGUGCCACAGACUGGCCAAGAAGAUGGCAAAGGUAGAAAGAAUACCAGCAGUACCACUAAAAGUCUAAAGAGAAUUACUAAUUUGUGUCUCAGUAAAGCUGAUGGAAGCGUAGACAAUCUGGAUUUGGAAACUACCAUGACAACUAAUUUAACAAAAGGAGCUCAGGGGCAGCAGUUGCCAGAGGUCCUUGUUCAGCCUUUAAAUGAGAUGCUGGGCAGUUCUCAACCAGCAUCAGAAGUCCAGCCAAAAUCUGUCUGCAGAAAAAGAGUUGUCUCACAAGUCUGUAUCAUUGAGCCAUCUCAGGGCCCAAGUAAGCUCACUAAUGUGGACAAAAAAUCUCACAAACGUAAAACAAGAAAAGAGAAUUCAGCUUUAAAGCAAGGCAGUAUUGUUAACCCUACCUCCACAGUCCUCUUCACAUCAAAGCUCACUUCCACUGAUCGUAACGCCUCUCAGCUUGCUCACAUUGAGGAAAACUGGAAAAAAGAACAAAAGGCGCCAUCCAGGAGGCCUAAGAGAGUUCAUGAGGGAACUUUUAAACCAUCUGUACUAGAUGGGACACAAAUGACAGAGAGAAGUGCAGAUAGCUGUCAAAAGCUUGUUAAAGAAGGCCACUCCCAAGGGGAAAAAAAUGUUUCACUCCAGUCUUUGAUUGUGCACUGUGGAAUGAUGACUAUUGAAGAUGAACAUAAACCUCAUCCCUCACCCUGUCUUUUUGAAGAACCUAUUCUACAAUUAGAUGAGCAAAAGGUGAAAAACGAUUUGAGUGGCCCAAGUAAUUGCAUCAGAGAGAGGCCUACUGCUUCACUGCCAGGUAAAAUAUUUCUCGCUGAAGCAGCUAGCCUCGCUGAGAACAAAGGUACUGAUAAUGAAGAAGACAAGCACAAGAAAGUGGAGUCAUGUUCGCAUGUAGUCGGUGUUAAUGCAUCUGAGCUAAAGCAUAGCAGGAGAGGUGUGAAAAAUAGGCCAAGCAGAGCAAGAAUCGAAACCAGGAAGUGCAAGGUUCUGCUUAAUCGGGUGCAUGAACCUGAAGAAAACCAGGAGGGGGAGAUGAGCAUAGUUUCUGGUAAGAAGGUGGACUUGGCCAGUGCAGAAUCAUGUGUAUCGAAAAAUGAAAGCUUUUCUGGACACUUGUGGCGUAGCCACUCCUGCCCAGAGAUCCCCUCCUUACUUCAUGUUCACUAUGACACACCUGUGAUCACGCUUCCACAUUCACUGCAGCGCAGCAGGGUCCAAGCAACGCAUCAGCAGCAGCCUGUCCCUGUUCUCCCUGUCCCACAUGCACGCAGGUCAGCCCGGCGCGCUCGUCGGCACACUGUCUGUAGCGUGGAGGUGGAGAGAGAGAUUGCCCCUCUGUGUCUGCGCAAGGAGGUGUACCCUUCAAGGAGGACUGCCCCCUAUGGCAACAUCACCCAGUAUGCGUCUCCCAGUGCAUCACUCUCCCCCUCCACCUCCCUCACAGCUCUUGCCUCCUGUUUCCUCUUCAGCCCCCUGGCCUUCCUUUCUAAGAAACUAGAGACCAGAGGGGUUGCUGCCGGAAGCAGUAGCACUUGCAAUCAUAUUUCCUCCCCUUCUUCCCCCAGCGUUUUCACCUCUUCUGCGUCUCCUGUUGCCAGCCCUGCCGCCUGGCAACAGUUUCCUGGUUGCGAUGUUUCUGCAGCUACCGCCUCCUCCACUUGCAGUGUGUUAUCUCAGAUCCAUCUUGGGUGUGAGAUUGACACAAGACGACAGCACAAAGAGGAGGAAGAGGAUGGGGAGGAUACAAGCUGUUCAAGUCAGGAGUUUGAGGAUGUGGUACUCACAGAGGAAAAAGCUCUGUCGGAUUCUGAAAUCAAGGUAGUAAAAAUGAAUGAGGGACGAGGGAAGGUGUCAUCCAUUAGAAUUCGCAAAACUUUACCAAAACCACAGAACAACCUGACACCCAUGGGUCUGCCUAAACCCAUCAGGCUAAAGAAGAAGGAGUUCAGUUUAGAGGAAAUUUACACCAAUAAGAACUUCACCAAGCCACCUGAAAGCCGUCUGGAGACCAUAUUUGAGAUGCCACUCAGUCGUCGAAACGGUUCUCAGUCCCUCUUUGGCCAGAAGCGUGUGAAGCGUUUAGUGGAAUUCCCAGAUGUGAGUGUUGCCAGAAAACCAAAGAAGCCCCUUGUUGGUGCCGGGAAGGCCGGGAUUACCUCUUCCUUUGGCAGACCGAGACGUGGGGGCUUCCUUAACUCUAAAGAUGAGCCGUCCAUCAGCGUGCAGGAACUGGACUCCCUGCUCUGUGCCAAGCUCGGCCAGCUGGAUUUGUGGCUAACAUCUGACCAGAAAGACUGCUGACAGAUAUAUGUUCAAGGUUGACUUUCUGUUUGGUAGGAAUACUGACAGGUGAGGACAGAACUACAAAAAAAGAAACUGAACUUUGAAUUUAACUGAACAUCUCUUCAUCUUGUUUGGAGAUUCACAUCCUCUGCUGGAAUUAUUCACCUUGUAGUUCUCUUUAAUUUCAGUUUAUUUUUUGAGUUGUGGCAACAGCAAAGUUACUAUUGACAAGUUAAGUAUUCCUCUUGUAGCAUUUGUAGCCUAUGGGUUUCCGCAGAAAAAAACAGCAUAGUCCAAUUAAUGUAUUGCAUCAUAGAAGUUGUUUUUACUCAUUUUUGUCAAUAUAAAAAUGUAUUAUAAAUUGCUACUGUAUUUGUUUCUGCACUCAUAAGUUAACCGUCCUUUUUGUGCCCUAGCAUCCUCUUUUUAAAUUUCUGGAACAUGUGGCCCUGUCCAGAAAAAAAAAACCAAAUUAAGCUAUCCUUAAUUUAAACAUCUGCACAUUAUAUAAAUUACAGAAGGCGGUUUUGUGUCUUAUUGCUGUCUACUUUUUUCCAAACCAAGACUUUUUGACUUAACUAUUUUAAGUUUAGAAUAAGGAUGAGAACCCAUUUUUAAACAGGUGCUUUGGGAACGGCAAUCCCCGCCAACCCACCCCUCAAGUAAAGCCAGAGAAGUUUGGUCUAUCUUAUUAAAUUUACAAGAUUUGGAUUAAAAUCGGUGUCUGGUGUUAAAGCUCAUUUCCUUGGGCAGCUAUUUUUAACUCUUUAUUGUUGUGGAAUACUGAAUGUUCAUUUUUAAAUUAAGCCACCAAGAGAUUUUUAUGAUUGUCUGUUGCGUUUUAUUUUAUUUUCUGUUCACCUCCUCAGUCAUUCAGUCCAAGUCCUUAAAUUCAGUGUACCUACCAAUAUUGAAAAGUGGCAUGGGUUGUUAAAUGUAAGUCUUUUGCUCAGCUCAGGGUAAACAAAGUAAAUCGUUCAAUUUGUUCUUUUUUUAUUGAAAGUUUACCAGCUGAAGAGGUUUUAGCUGUAUCAAAUCUAAUAUAGAAUUUUGUGCCACUCCAGAAAGCAUAUAUACAAACAGUAUAAGUGUUUUGAUACCACACUUUCCCUGUCGCCUUCCUUUGUGUGCCCCUUUUUCUAACCUGUGAGUCUCUGGAUUGUUGUUUUGGUGGUAAUAAUCAAAUUGCAAGUGUAACCUGUUGAUAAACUACCUAGAGUACUUUGAGCCUUUGCUUAAUGUAUAAA